AUUAACUGCUUGGGGUGGUGAACAAUCAAGUCUCUCCAGUGGGAGCUCGUCUUGUUUCCGGAGGAAAAACUCUAGGCGCCCUAUAAAAGAUCUCACACCCCGUGUCUCCUCACUCUCUCAGCUUCACGUCUCCUCUCGAAGAUCUGCCGAGUGGGGUUUGCAAAGAUGUGCUCCCGCCAGGACAAGGACCAGUGCCACCAGCAGGAACGAUCCUCAUGUCAUGGCAGUGAUGGAUGCCACAGGAGCAGUGGAUCUGGAUGCCACGGGAGCAGCGGUGGAUCCGGAUGCCAUGGGAGCAGCGGUGGAUCCGGAUGCCACAGGAGCAGCGGUGGAUCCGGAUGCCACGGGAGCAGCGGUGGAUCCGGAUGCCACGGGAGCAGCGGUGGAUCUGGAUGCCACAGGAGCAGCGGUGGAUCCGGAUGCCACGGGAGCAGCGGUGGAUCCGGAUGCCACGGGAGCAGCAGUGGAUCUGGAUGCCACGGGAGCAGCGGUGGAUCCGGAUGCCACAGGAGCAGCGGUGGAUCCGGAUGCCACGGGAGCAGUGGUGGAUCCUGCCAUGGAAAGCCACAAGAUUGCCAGCAGCAAAUUUAUCAAGUACCCUCAAAUAUGAAGUGAACAGGACAUCAACUGUGUGUUUUACACAUGCAUGUCUUUGAUCUCGUGCUGAGUUCAGAAAGCUUUGCAUGCUUCCUUGCAGUCUUCGAAGAAAACCUUUGCCACCUCCUCUCUUCCCCGGCAAGUCCUGUACCUCUGCUGAGCUUAUCUGUGGGUGCUAGAAAUACACUGUGUACGCUCACACCGGCACACUUUCCUUUCUAUCAUUCUUUGGCUAUGUAAGAGGCAUUAAAAUUUGGAGUCAUGAGACUUUUGUGUU